GUGUGCAAUAGGCUUUGGUGUGAUACGAGCAUAACGGAUCGUUAACCAUAACCUGUCGAACGUGAUGUUGUGCUCCAUGCGUGUUAGCAAAAUCAUAUUUUGUAAGACAGUUUUAAUUAAUUUAAAAUAAUACAUGAAUGAUGGACUCCACUAACGAAGACUCGGUAACGAAAUUGAACACUCAAUUAAACAAGUCAAUGGUACUAAUGGAGGACAUCGUGGACGCGCCGUCUCCGAACAAGCGUAAAUCAAUCACGAUAAACACAGAAACAGUGCCAUCCAAAGCAACCAACAGUCCCGUUAAAUCGCGUAGAAGUAUUUUGAAGAAAAAGUCCAACAAAUCCGGCGAAAAUACGUCGAGCGACGAGGCCUCGCAAGGAGGUGUCGACAAAUUGAAUGAGGCGACGCUUAAUGGAUUGCCGCUGCCCGCCUCGGUUCUGUCCAGACCGCGUACUCUUGAUGAAAUAGCUCGAAAGGAGAUGUUAGAUGAAGAAAGUAUAUCGUCCACGUUUAACUUGGAGGAUGUAUCAGACAGUGAGGAAUUCUGGAUAAUGGACAUUCCCAGAUUAAUAGAUCCUCAAGAUCUUUGUGGUCAGACUAUAGUUUUCGAGGAUAAAUCAAAGUUUAGAAUUAAAGAUGAACGAUAUUGCAUAGCCGCGCAUAAUACGAGCCAUAAUGUCACAUGUGUUUUUAAUACGAAGAAGGACAUCCCACAAUAUAAGACAGUAAAUGUGAAGCCAAGUGGCUUCUUGACAGUAAGAAGAAAAUUGUCUGGCGCACCAGAAGUAAAGCCGGUAUCCACAGAAAAUUCCUGUGUGCAAUUUCCUGAUCAUUUAAGAGCAAGGCAUCCAUUGUUUGGUGUUAUUCACGAACGUAAAAGAAGAUCGAAGCAACAUAAUUCGCUCAAAGAAACUUAGGAAUUAUAAUUUGAAUAUAAUUUAAAUGUGAUUAAUUCAAAUGAUUUUGUCAAAGUACAAAACAUUUUUUUAAUUAAAAUUGAUUAAAAAAUUGUUUUUCUGUAUUAACGAUUAAAGAGCAUUCUACAA